UUGAUCUUUCAGAAUGAAGCUGAUGAUUUGCAUUUGGCGGGUACACCGCUUACUCCAUGCGGAUCAAAUCCAUGGGAUAAGGCUUUCUUGCCAAGAAAAUGGUAUAACUUCGAUGCCAACUUUAUGAAGCCAUUGUUGACUCACGCCACACCUUCGCUGGAGCAAACUUUGCCACCAUUUUGUCUUCCAUUUGCUCGGAUGUUCACAUCACUCAAGCAGACAGCGGCUACUACCAGUGGGUCGAACGAAUCGAGCCCUUGCGCCUCAGUCAAUGUUGCUGAAGUAAAUAAGUAUUUGGAGAAUACUUCCGUUGUCUCAUGUGUCUAUGGUGCUGGAUAA